AUGCGCUGGUCUUUGCGUCAGGCCAACUUGGAGCGGAAACUUCAAGAGCAGCUGCAGAGGCGAAAUGUGCAAGCUGCGCAGAUCGAGAAGGGAGCGGAAGACUUGAAGAGGAAGAUGGAGGAACAGUUGGAGGUGGAGCGACGAGUGGGUGAGGAACUCCGACUGCAGAUCGCCGUGCUGCAGGAGAUCUAUACAGAAGUCAACGACAAGCUCGAAAUGUCUCAGAUUGCGCAGCAACAGAUGCAGGCUAACCGCAACGAAAUGCUUGCAGACAUAGCUCAGCUCCAAGAAAAACUGACGCAAGCUGAUGCUGAAAGCAUCCAGACAGCUGUGGAGCUGGAAGCUGAUGUAAAGCACAAAGAGGAGCAGAUCACCCGCCUCGAAGCCGAAAAGGAGAGGUUAAAGGUGAGCCUCAGGGAACUCGGCAUGCAGGUCAAGGCAGAGCGCGAGACUGCUGAGGCUCAGGAGGAUGCUUUGCAAACCCAGCUGGCGCAAAUCGAAGCCCAGCUCGAUGUUACGACCAAAGCCAGUGAACAGGCCAAAGCCGAGCUGACAUUCGCCAAGCAGCAGAUUCAGACACUGAACCUCAAGGUUGCGGAUCUGGAGAAAGCGCUGCAAUCCGCCCAGUUACAGGAGCAGGAGUUGUCUCGCCAACUUCAGGCAUCCACGACCGAGAUCAGCCGCCUGCAAAGUGAGCAGAAGAUCUUGGAGGCCGACAUCUCCGAUGCUCUCCAACGAGAGCGUAAUCUUGAAGUGAGAUUAGCACAGGUGCAAAGCAAGAACCAAGUGAUGGAGGAACGGCUGCCGGUAUUGGAGGAGGAGAACAAGAAGUUGAUUCGUCGCAUCAACCUCUUGGAGAAAGUUGCUCAAAACGAGCAGGUCUUCACCUCCAAGCUCUCAGAGUCGACCGCAGAGAAUGAUCGACUCGCGAAGGAGCUCCAGCAGCUGGAGGCCAACUUUAAGGAGAAGGAGAGGGAGACAAACAAGCUGGCCAGCGAUCUUGCAAUGUUCCAGGAGCGCGCCCGCGAAGCAGCUGUCCAGGCUCAGAAAUUUGGCGCGAAGGCCGAGGAGUCCGCACGCGCGGCAGAGGCGCAGAGAGCUGCAUUGGAGGCAGAGAUCCAGAAGGCCCGAAACGCCGAGGCUCAGGCACAGCGGGACGCCGCUGCAGCGAAGCAGCUCGUCGAGGAGGCAAAGCAAGCAGAGUUGAGGGCAGUCGAGGAUGCACGGAGUGCGACUGCGGAGAAGGCCGCCGGGCUGUUUGCUGAGGCGGCGGCAGCGCAGGAGCGCGUGCGCCAAGCAAUGCAGGCCCAGGCCAAAGCAGCUCAGGAGGCAGAAGCGGCGAAACAAGCUGCAGCCAACCUGCAGGGAAAAGCAUCGCAAUCGCUGCCGUGGCAGAAGGCGGCUUGA